AUGAAAGCGAUUGCAUUAAUUGACGGUGAUAUUAAAGAUCAAUAUAAAAUGAUGUGGGACUAUUGCAAUGAAAUUGAUAGAACAAAUCCAGGCAGCACGAUUUACAUGAAGCUCACUGAUAAUGAGGUCCCCAAUGAGCCACAGAGAUUUCAGAGAAUAUAUAUCUAUUUUGCUGCUUGUAAGCUUGGCUUUAGAGCGGGUUGUAGAAAAAUUGUAGGUGUGGGUGGAUGUUGGUUGAAGGGUCCAGUGUAUGGGACUCAGUUGUUAUCUACAGUUGGCAUCGAUGGUAACAACAAUAUAUUUCAUAUUGCCUACACAAUUGUAGAAAAGGAAAGCAAAGAGACAUGGGCCUGGUUUUUGAAUCAUUUAGCUGCUGAUUUGCAUAUACAUGAGAUUGGUUGGACCUUUAUGUCAGACAAACAAAAAGGUCUUAUUGAAGCUUUUAAUGAUGUUUUGCCUCAUGUGAGCCAUAGGUUUUGUGUGAGACACCUUCAUAACAAUUUUAAAAAGGCUGGCUUUGGCGGUUCCACAUUAAAAAAGACACUUUGGGCUGCUGCAAAGUCUUGUACUGUGAGAAAAUUUGAUGAUUGCAUGAAAAAUAUUUCAAAGUUAGAUCUUGAUGCUGCUACUUGGUUAAAUGACAAAGAACCUAGCGAAUCGUCUAGGUCGUAUUUCUCUUCAGAUGCUAAGUGUGACAUCUUACUAAAUAAUGUGUGUGAAGUGUUUAAUAGCAUGAUACUUGAUGCUCGAGACAAGCCAAUUGUGACACUGUUGGAGAAAGUGCGCUAUCUACUCAUGGCUAGAAUGCAAUCUAAUAGGGAAAAAGCACAUAAAUGGAAAUCGGGUGAUGUUUGUCCUAGGAUCAAGGAUAUAUUACACAACAAUCAAAUUGCAGCUGCUGAAUAUAUCCCUAGAAAAUCUAAUCACUGGAGCUAUGAAAUUUUAGGAGCUACAAUUACGGACAAUUGGGCAGUUGACUUGGAGAAUAAAUCUUGCAGUUGUAGAAAAUGGAGUCUCACUGGGAUCCCUUGCAAGCAUGAUAUUGCAGCAAUUUGGGCUAAAAAGGAUAACAUUCUUGACUAUGUUCAUGAUUGUUACAAGGUGGUAACAUAUAGAAGAAUUUAUGAAAAUUCAGUUCUUCCAAUGAAUGGACCACAAAUGUGGCCUAAGUCAAGUAAAGUUCCUCCUCUGCCUCCAAGGAUUAUAAAAGAUAAUAAGAGAGGAAGAAAACAAAAAGUGCGAAGAAAGGAACAAGAUGAAGUUGGAGCUAGUCGAACAAAGAUGAAACGGAAGCAAAAAUCUCUAGAUUGUAGUACAUGUCACAAACCUGGCCACAAUACAAGGACUUGCAAAUAUAAUGUUGUGCCACCAGAAACUACCUCUUCAUUUCGCCUGAAACUACAUGUUAGAAGAGGACAGGAUGAAGUUGUACAAGGAGUAGUAGAACAGGAACAAAUGGGAUAUGCCGAAGUAGAAAUUGGACCAGAUUUUGUUUGGGAAAAUUCUCAAUGUACACAACAAAGUGGACCUACUUUUUGAAGCUAUAACAGUUUUUUGGGUAAAAACGGCUCAUUCUUUAUGUAUAUUUUUGUGCCAUUAUGAUGAUUUUCUAGCGACUAUAUGGUGUUUUUCUGGUGUAUUGCAGGUGAUGAAAGUUUGCUGUUGUUUUUGCUAAUUUAUUAAGUUGGUGCAGGAAUUGCUUGUUGCUGGUGCGGGAAUUGUUUAGCAGCUGUG